AAAAUAAAAAAAUGAGUGCAUCUAAAUAAGGAAAUACAAGAGGUUUUGAAGACACACAAAAAGGAUUUUAUAAUACUUAAAACUCUUUUGGAGGAUCCAAUCCUGCAUCUUUAAAAGGAAAAUUAAUGUCAUUAGAAGAAAUGAUAAAAGGUAUUGCCGAAGAAAUGAAUUUUCACAAAAAAGAGGUUUAAAUUCUUAAAAGUGAAAAAGAUACAUUAUAAUCAGUUUUGUCAAUGAAAACUUAAGAUGUAAAAAAAACAUUGACAAACGAAUUGCAAAGAAUCGAUGAAGAAAUGAAAAGGCAUUUUGCACAUUAAAAAGCCGAAAACGCAAGAUUAUAAUAAUAAAUAACAUCUCUAAAAGGUGAAAAAACAGCUCUUUAACAACAACUUUUGGGAUUAUAACGAAGAAUUACUGAACUAGAAUUAUAAGUUGGAAACGAGGAAACUAGAUGAUAUAUUAUAACUUAAAUUAUAUAUUCUAAAAGUAAAUUUAACAAUUUGUAUUUUUUUAUUUGAAAAUAAUAAAAUCCAAAACAUUAUAUUUACACCUAU